UUCCAGUGUCCCAAAUCUUCAGCAUGCCUACUAAGUACUUGGGAUUUAGUCGGCGACUUGACUAAGCGCUUGUACUUCACCUCAGCAAACCAUGUCUGUGCCGCUUUGGACUUAACUUUCCAGGUUUCAGCAUCACCGGAUCUGUUACUGUCAGAUGGAGAAGGCUGCAUCGCGCCUCGCAGGUUCCUCUCUUUGGAACGUACUACAUUUGGCACUCGGGAGAGAUUGCGGCAUGUAGUAUUGUACUACAGUGUUGCAUUAAGUCCUUCAGCGGUUAUUAAAAGAAAUUGUGCUAUGGAAGUAAUUCAGCAACUCUGUCAUGUCUUGACUGCAGCAGCAAACACUCCCGAGGAAGAAUGAAGUAAGCGCGAUGGAGCCGGACAAUGCCCUGAACUCCAGACUCAAAGCAGCUGGAGUCGGGGGGAGAGCUGUCUUUCUCUGCAUAGUUCUUUACUGUACAUGCUGUCUGAUGUUUGCACAAGCACAGUCUGCAGAUGUGGACGUGCUGCAAAGACUGGGGUUGGUUGGAAAAAGACCAUCUGGGACACGCUUCACACCUCAAGGUGUCAUCCCCUUCAAAUCGGGAGUCAUCCUAACCCAGAGGGCACGAAUUGAUGUCCCAGUGAGCUCCGUCAUCCCUGCGUCACUGGGCUCGGCAUUCUGUCUCAUCCUCAGCGUAUGUUCGCAUCGCAUAAACAAUGCUUUCCUCUUCACCAUUGUGACAAAGAGGAAACAACUGCAGCUAGGGGUGCAGUUCAUCCCGGGGCAAAUUUUAGUUUACUUGGGCCAAAAGAACACUGUAAAUUUUGAUUAUGAUGUUCACAAUGGCCAGUGGCACAACCUGGCUUUGGAAAUCCAGACCCAAAGUGUUACAUUAUAUACUUCUUGUGGGAAGACAAGUGUACAUGCAAAUUUGCAUUUUAAAAAUGAGGAAAUGCUGGAUCCAGAGGGCUCCUUUCGAUUGGGAAAAAUGAGCCAGAACUCGGUGCAGUUUGAAGGAGCCAUCUGUCAGUUUGAUAUUCAUCCCUCUGCUAAGGCAGCUCACAAUUAUUGUAAGUACAUUAAAAAACAGUGCAGGGAAGCAGACACUUAUCGACCAAACCUCCCUCCUCUUUUACCGCUAUUACCCCUGGAUCCCAAUUUAUCUGUCACCCUUCAGACCCCAAAUGUGGUAACAGAGGUAAACAACAGACAUCUUUCAUUAGCACAAGAGAAAGUACACGUUAAUCAUGAAACCUCACAAGGCCUGAACACCUCUGUUCUAAUUACAUCUCAGUCUGUACAAAGCACGGUGCCACCGACUAUAGCCCAGCCCACACUACAGCUCCCUCUGCAGGCCACAGCACAAACUGCCAUGGCCUCCUUUGGGAGUAGGACAUCACAAAUAUCUCCAAAGCCAACUCAACAAAGCAACCCCAGGAAGAACAUCAUGAAGGCAUCUGUAAAGCCCCAGAUAUUGAUAGAAAAUGAGAUGGCUGUCACUGCCGGACCAACAGGCCAACAGAAGAACAUACUGGACCAAAUGCAGACCCCUGCCACAAUAAAACCUAAACCUUAUAGCAAAGCCAGGGUGUCGAAGACGACAACAUUAGCAUCACGCAGACAUUCACCAAAGGAGACCUCCAAACCCAGCUCUUUUGAGCCUGUCACCCCUGCAGCCACGGAUGGUUUCCAAACCUUCGACCUUGAACCAACCCAAUUCUCCCUCUUGGCUGGGUCACCAGUACAGAAAGGAGAACCAGGACCACCGGGACCCCCUGGACCUCCCGGCGAGCCAGGAUUACCAGGAAAGAGAGGACCCAGGGGUCCCCCUGGUCCACAUGGAAAUCCAGGCCGCCCAGGGACCCCCGGAUCCAAGGGAAAAAAGGGAGACCCUGGAAUCUCACCUGGCAGAGCACUAAAUGGAAUAAAGGGGGACCCUGGGGUAUUAGGACUACCUGGACUACCCGGUCAAGCUAGUCGGAAGGGACAGAAAGGCCAUCCUGGUCCCUCUGGCCACCCUGGAGAUCAAGGAGAAAGAGGACCGGAUGGAAGCCCGGGUGCCAAAGGUUAUCCUGGCAGGCAGGGCUUGUCGGGGCCUAUAGGAAAUAUGGGACCAAAAGGCGUACGGGGCUUCAUUGGAAUCCCAGGCGUCUUUGGUCUUCCUGGACUUGACGGAGAAAGAGGUUUACCUGGCGUUCCCGGGAAGAAGGGCAAGAUGGGUAGGCCGGGCUUUCCAGGAGAUUUUGGGGAGCGAGGAACACCAGGACCUGAUGGAAACCCAGGCGAGAUGGGUGUCCCAGGUCCUGCUGGCAUCCCAGGUUUUAUUGGUGAUAUGGGCCUUGUUGGAAUUGUGGGUCUUCCUGGAUUAAUUGGACCAAAGGGUGUACCAGGAAGCCCAGGCGAGUCUGGACUGAAAGGUGAUAAGGGUGAAGUCGGGUUGCCAGGUGAACCGGGAGAACCUGGAUUUCAAGGUGACAAGGGUAAUCAGGGCUCACCAGGUUUACCAGGAAUUCGAGGAAAGCCAGGACAACAGGGGAGGCCUGGAGAUCAAGGCCCAGAUGGUUUGCCAGGCCCACCUGGCCCUGAGGGUUUUCCAGGGGAUAUUGGACCACCAGGACAGAAUGGUGCUGAAGGCCCAAAGGGGAAUGCAGGAAUGAGAGGGAUUCCAGGCCCUAGAGGAGUUCCUGGACUUGAGGGAGAUCAGGGCCCAGUAGGACCACCAGGGGCUUCAGGACUAGAGGGCAGACCUGGGAGGAAGGGUUUCUCUGGGAAUCCAGGGGAGGAUGGAGUGAAGGGACACCCAGGGGCCCCGGGAGAGAGGGGCUCAUCUGGACCAGCAGGUACACCAGGGCCUCCUGGGUCUAGGGGCCUCAGCGGCACCAGAGGACCCAAAGGCAGAAUGGGUGCGAGGGGGCCAGAUGGACCAGUCGGAGAGAAAGGAGUGAUGGGAAUGAAGGGUCCUGAAGGUCCCCCGGGAAAACAAGGUUUCAAUGGACUAAUGGGUCAAAUUGGUGAAACUGGUGAAACAGGACCUACUGGAUUUCCAGGUGUUCAAGGACCAACUGGACCUCCUGGAGCAAAGGGCAUCUUAGGAGAACCUGGUCCUCAAGGGCCACCAGGAGUAUUAGGUCCUUUGGGUGAGAUUGGAGCAGUGGGUUUACCUGGGAAGGUUGGGGAGCGGGGCUUACCAGGUGAACCAGGAGAGAAGGGUGCAUUUGGAUCUCCUGGGAAUAUGGGAGAGCAAGGCUUGAUUGGACCUCGAGGUGACCCUGGGCUUGAUGGGGAGGUUGGUCUGAGCGGCCCAGAUGGAGCUAAGGGUGAAAAGGGUGACAUUGGAAUGGAAGGAGAAACAGGCGAAAAGGGAGCCAUUGGAUUUAAAGGAACAGAAGGCCGUCCCGGAGAUCCUGGCUUAAUGGGUGUCAUGGGCCCUGAGGGCAAACCUGGAAAAACUGGUGAGAGGGGAAAACCUGGAGAGAAGGGCAGCAAAGGUCACCAGGGUCACCUUGGCGAGACUGGACCAGUGGGAGAACAAGGUGCCAUGGGUUUCAUUGGGCCAAAAAGAAGCAGAGGAACUACUGGGUUUAUGGGUGCUCCGGGAAAAAUGGGUCGACAAGGAGAAACAGGUUUAGUGGGAUAUGAAGGUCAUCAAGGACCACAAGGUCCAAUGGGAUCCCCAGGACCAAAAGGUGAAAUGGGAGAGCCAGGUGAUGACGGGAAGGUUGAAGGUCCCCCUGGUCCUUUAGGUGACAUCGGACCUGUUGGCAACAGAGGAGAAAGGGGACAGCCAGGUGACCCUGGAUACCCAGGUCAUGAAGGUGUUUAUGGGGAAAGAGGAAACCCGGGGGCUCCUGGACUCCCUGGAAAUGCAGGUCCAAAAGGUUUUGCAGGGCCUAAAGGAUCCAAAGGCAAUAAAGGUCCAAAAGGCAAAAACGGUCCACAUGGUGAAUCUGGAAGUCGAGGGUCCCCUGGUACUGUUGGUCUUCCUGGCCCCAGAGGAGUUGUUGGUCGUGAGGGUCUUGAGGGUGAUCCUGGGGUAGAAGGAGCUCUUGGGAAAGACGGAGCUAAAGGAAUCCCAGGUGAGCAUGGAAGUGAUGGUGAGGUUGGUCUGCCUGGAAAAUCAGGUCCUCAAGGAAACGCAGGUGUGCCAGGACUGCCAGGAAUUCAAGGCACUUUUGGGCCAAAGGGUGAAAGGGGCAUCCCUGGCCAAACUGGACCUCCAGGAAAAAGAGGAUUUAAUGGAGGAAUGGGAUUUCCUGGAAAACACGGAGACAGAGGGGUCAAAGGGCAACCUGGUGAUACUGGUGAACAGGGAUUUCCUGGAGUUCUUGGAAUGUUUGGACCAAAGGGGCCACCCGGAGACCUUGGCCCAGUGGGUAUCCAGGGCCCAAAGGGUCCUCAGGGUUUAAUGGGAAUGCAAGGAGUCAUCGGACCUGUUGGUAUCAUUGGGCCUAGUGGUAACGCAGGACCACAAGGAGACAAAGGACAUAAAGGAGAAAUGGGUGCUCAGGGACCUCCAGGUAGUCGUGGACCACCUGGACCUCCAGGGCUUCCUGGUGUUUCUUUUUCUCAUGAAAAUGAGGCCCUUGGUGCUGCUUUACAUGCUUUUAUGGAUUUCCGCUCUACUUUAAGGUCCGAGAAGUAUGAAGAUACUGACUUUCCAAUGCUGGACCAGGGAACGGAGAUCUUUAAGACUCUUCACUACCUCAGCACUCUGAUCCACAGCAUUAAGAAUCCCCUGGGAACACAGGAGAAUCCAGCCAGAAUGUGCAGAGAUCUCUUUGAGUGCGAGCACAAGUUGAAAGAUGGCACUUAUUGGAUAGAUCCUAACCUGGGCUGCUUUUCUGACAAUAUUGAAGUGACCUGCAACUUCACCAAUGGAGGUCAAACCUGCCUUAAGCCAGUUGCUGUGUCCAAGUUGGAGAUUGGAGUGAGUCUGAUCCAGAUGAACUUCAUCCACCUCCUGAGCUCUGAAGCUGUGCAGAUCAUCACCAUUCACUGCCUGAACGUCUCUGUUUGGGCAGCAGGGCACUCCAAAACACCUUCCUCUAGUGCGGUGUACUUUAAAGCCUGGAAUGGACAGAUAAUCGAGUUUGGGGGAUUCAUCGAGCCUGAACUGAUAAAGGAUGAGUGCUGGAUCACAGAUGGUCGAUGGCAUCAGACACAGUUCAUUUUCCAGACACAGGACCCAAACUUACUGCCCAUUGUGGAGGUCUACAACUUGCCCAGCACAAAAUCUGGAUCACAUUACCACCUUGAAGUGGGCCCUGUAUGCUAUUUAUAAAGAAAGCAACAAUGGAAGCCUUAAAUACCCCGAUGAGCAGCAUUACGGAGCCUCUCUCUGGCCUAGAGGCCAACAAAACUGCACAUCUCCUGUACAGUGUGGACUGCAGCCUUUAAACAUGGGGAAAGAGGAGACUAGAGCAGCUUUGGAGAAAAUAAGACUUCCUAUGUGAGCAGCUCAGGAUGACAGAUUCUUUCUUUUCAGAGCUGGGUUUCUUCUGUUUGAAAACAAGGCCUGGAUAUGUGGUUGGAGGUGCUUAUUAAACUCUUAAUAGAAAUCUUAAUUUAUUCAUAGUUGUGUUUUUCACACGUGAUUUAUAUAAUGAAGUACUUAUUUUAUAUUCUAAAGUUACACAUGAACGUGUAUUUAUACAUGUACAUGCGUGUAUGUAUAUUUUCUGUAAAGUGCAAUAGAGAAUGAACAGAUUUUUGUUUUUAAUAAUGAAACUUCUGUUUGGCUGUUUUAGGUAAGUGAGGUUUACUGUCACUCAUAUCAUUCAAUUCAGGUUCAUUGGCGUGUGUACUUGUGUAUACCAGCAGGUCUGUUGUAAAAGCCUCAGAUACCAACAUACAACACAUAAAACACACAUAUGCUUUCAUUCAUAGCCAGAAUAUGAGUCGAGGUGAAUCCAGACUUGAAAAGUAACAUAUAAACGUCUACCUCCCAUCUCUCAUUUUUUGGGACAGUAAAUGGAUUCACAUGCAUUUAACUCCUGUGGCUAGAUUUCUGUUUCCGUCAAAUGGUUUUAACUUAAGUGCCUUUUAUACAUUAAAAGGGAAUAUUUUUGUAAACAUUUUUAAAAAGUUCAAAUGAUCUCUUUUUUCAGCCAAACAUAUCUUUAAUCCUUUAUCUUCUAGUAUGCCUUAUUUGUACAAAUAUUUGAACUUUAAAGGCACAAGAAUUAUAUUAUUAUAGCAGACAUGGUGUUGAAUGUGCUUUAUAUCACUCGACUGUAGGUCUUUCCAUCAUUAAGUACAUAUAUGCAAUUCCACAAGCCCUAUCUGACUGCAGAAGUAAUUGUUGACAUGGUGUGUAUCAUAAUUACUGACUUUUGUAUGUCUUUGUUGAGGUGCGUGUACAAAGCUGAAUGUUGCAGUUAGAAACACUGCAAACCCGAGUUGUAAUAUGGAGUUGCUGAUCAAAAUGAGAGCACUAGAAUCUUCCACUAUAUUGGGUUUGUCAUGAGCAGCAGCUUUGGCAUCUAAUUAUUUCAAUGGCUGUGACCAAAAAGUGUUAUGUAUGAAAUUCUUUUGAAAUAUAUCUGUUGUUUUGAUCAAAACUGUCAGGAGCCAUCUUAUCUUGCCAAAUAUAUGUUCUUUGUAUGUGUAAAUUUGAAGUCUCACUGUAAUAUGUGUUCUGUUAUUUCAGAGCAGACAAACUAAGAAGGGUGGAUAUUCUUAUAAUGAAUAUUUCUAUGGUCAAACAUAACCUCCGAAAAACAGCAAACACCAAAGAACAACGUUUUCAGUGUUGUAUGAAUUAAAUCAUUGAUACCACAGAAACAGACAGCAGUCUUUAUAUCUGUCUGCCUUACUAAAGUUCUUGUCUUUCUGGCCAUUUCUGUGUCUCGUUUGAAUAAAGAAU